CAACGCUCCUGUGUGCGGUAGCCGAUCGUGAGCGUGGUGAAAGUUGUGCGUCGGGUGUGUGUAGUGAGUUUUUGUACUUCAUCACUUAUUUUCUCACAGUCGUAAGACACCGUGGAAAUAUUUCAGUGCGUCUCUGAUCAGAGGGCACGUCAGCAGCACUCACUCAGUGCGCGAGCACUCCCGAGCCAUCCGAGAGAACGCUACAAGUUCGCGCCAUCGGUGAUGUAAGCAGGCGCUGCGGCCUCUCUUCGCCCACACUUGGGAGCUGAGGUUGUCAUCACAGGCGUGACAGCCGAAGGCGUGCGUGCGACGCUCUGCUCUUCGUGCCGAAUGCUGCUGUCUGGCAGCUGCACCCACCCAUGAGAGGGCCACCAAGAUGGAGCUCCUGAGCCUGCUACGCUCCCAGUGGGAGGCAUUGGAAUCCUUCAGAGGCCGGCUGGAAGGCGUCGUUCAGCGCUGUGAAGGCAUGUUGCUCCUACUUAACCAGGUGCUGUUCUUCAUGCUGUGUGACCGGUGGUUCUGUCCAGACGACCGUUUGACAGGCCUCUACUCGCUGCUUUUCUACAACAUCCUGUGCUAUCUGUGCCACUAUGCAGCCAAUGUGUUCAGCUUGCGUGACUACACGCCUUACGUCCACGUGUCUGACCAGUCCAAAAUACGACACCUUGCCAUGAGUGUCACUAAGGUGGUGCUGGACCUGACCAAGGGUGUGACGUUUGUGAUCACGGGCGUGUUCAUGCUGCUCGUGUUUGGCCUAGAGCAGGGACUGGAGCACUUCAGCCCGAGCUGGCCCUACCUGGCGCUGACGAGCGCCUACUUUGCACUGACCGAGCGUGCAUGCCAGGAGCGGCUGCCCACCGUGCUAGGCUGGCUGCAGCUGGCCUCCUUGGAGAAUCUGGAGCCUCUAUGGGCGCCCGUGCUGUGCCGCCUGGCCUCCUCCCUGGCCACCCUGCUGCUCGUGGUGGCUGUCUCCUUCUGGGGCGGUGGCCACGGUGGGGGCGCCUGGGGCCUCUGCCUGCUCGCCAGCUAUUUCAACGUCUACCUGGGCCUUAAGGUGAGGGGGAGUGUUGCUGACUGCAGGCAGUGCUAGCCUUAGAAUGCUGCUGGCAGAUGCACUAGCAGAGUGCCACUUGUCAGGUAGAGCCCGUCACAGCGCA